GGUGCCUCCUUUUCCAGGCCCCCCUGUGACAGCAGAAGAAAUGGCCAUCUCCAGGGUGUGGCGGAACCGCCUGUCCUUCAUGGCCAUCAUGAUCCUCGUGGCCGUGGUCCUGUCCCUGAUGUCCUACGCUCUCCUCUGGAAGGCUGGCAACCUCACUGACGUACCUAACCUGAGAAUCGGCUUCUACAACUUCUGUCUGUGGAAGGAGGGCAUUGGCUCUCUAGAGUGUUACAACUUUCCUGAGCUGGGGGUGCUGGGGAUACCUCAAGUUGGCCUAGCCCUGGCUAGGCUUGGUGUGUAUGGAGCCCUGGUCCUCGCAGUCUUCGUCCCUCUGCCUCUCCUCCUUGCCCAGUGCAACAGUGAUGAGGGAGAAUGGCGGCUAGCCGUGGGCUUCCUGGGGGCGUCCUCUGUGCUGUUGGCCGGCGGACUAAGCCUCUUCCUCUUCUUGGUGUGGAAGUGGCUCAGGCUCUCCUUCCUGGGGCCUGGCUUUCUAUCUCUGUGCCUGGCCCAGGCCUUACUCAUCAUCUUGCUUAUGGCUACGGUUAUGUUCCCACCACGGGAUAAGAAGGACAAGAACCAGUGGGAGAACUGCUAGUCCAGUCUUACAAAGGCUUAUGGGAUCGCAAGGGUUCAGUUCCAACUGUGCUCCAAGAAGGUGCCAGGGAACCCGUGGCUGGGUGGGUCCUCUCAACCACCUUGUGUCCUAGCUAAUGUUGAUCUCCAGUUCAGCAGAUGGAACCCACUGAGCAGAAAGACUGUGGUGUCAAGGAACCCAGAGGCUGCUUGGAGGACCAGGGUACCUGUGGUUCCUUAGGUUACCACCGAGCUCAUGCACCGGGAUUCCUGCGUUAAUCAACCAAUCCUCAAUAGCCCCGGGCACAUGGGAGUCUGUCAGAAGCCAAAUUUCCAAGCUAUCUUGGCAAAGUGUCAAACUAGAACUCUGUGGUGGUUAUGGCAACAAAUGGGACGGUUAGAAAAAAAAAACUGUUUCAACAGCGAGUCCUGUCAGCACAGAGAGAAGCCUCGCCGCUGGCUUUUCAGGGUCCCCCUGAAUGGGUCCCUGGACCUGACAGCAAACAGGAAUCAGCUGUUACACCAUUCUUGUGACUCAGGGAUGCAGACGAAAAAAUGUGCCAAAUCCUGGAAGGUAAACAGGGCUGACUAGUCACCACAAACACACAGCGCGUCCCCUCACCUUACCCGGACUGGAAAGGCUUAGAAGCACGGUCUUUAUUAUGCACUGGAGCUUCAGUAUGUAUCUUUUCAGUGUCUGUGUACCAAAAAAAACCCUAAGUGGUAACGAGUUCUUCAUUCUGUGCUCAUCAGUAAGCCAAAGUGAACACAAAGAAA